CCCGCCCUGCCCGGUGGCGCCCGGCUCCGGUAGCGGUUGCUCUGCGGCGCAGGGGCUCGGCGGCGCGCUCGGCGCUGUCCUGUGCUUGAGGGGGAAAGGAGGCGGGAGGGCCCCGGGAAGCGGCGGCGGCGGUGGGAGCACCCGCGAGGAGGGCGAAUCGCCGAUUCCUGCCGAUUGUACAUGCCCUUUGGCUUUGGGGAACAGAACGCGCCAUGGGACAACCUCAAAGAUAUCUCUCCAGAUGGAGUCUCUUGCUUGGGUGAUGUGUCUGCUCUCCUGACUGUCUUCAUACCCAAAGGAUUUAUUUUCCUUUUGGAAAUAUUUUAAGUUGAAAUCUUGUUCCUUACUGGAAACUGUCUACACUAAAGACUGCAUGCAUCAUGGGUGACAUGGCAAACAACUCGGUUGCAUAUAGUGGCGUGAAAAAUGCUGUCAAAGAAGCUAAUCAUGGAGAUUUUGGAGUUACUCUUGCAGAGCUCCGUUCUCUUAUGGAACUUCGAGCGUCAGAUGCACUGCAUAAAAUACAGGAAUGCUAUGGUGAUGUACAUGGCAUCUGUGCAAAGUUGAAAACUUCACCAAAUGAAGGUUUAAGUGGAAAUCCAGCAGAUAUAGAAAGGAGAGAAGCAGUUUUUGGGAAGAACUUUAUACCUCCUAAAAAGCCAAAAACAUUUCUUCAGUUAGUAUGGGAAGCACUACAGGACGUUACACUAAUUAUAUUAGAAAUUGCAGCCGUAGUAUCCUUGGGCCUUUCUUUUUACCAGCCUCCAGGAGGAAAUGAAUCAUUAUGUGGAUCAGUAAAUGUUGGUGAAGAAGAGGAGGAAUCUGAAGCAGGUUGGAUUGAAGGAGCAGCAAUCCUCCUAUCUGUAGUUUGUGUGGUAUUAGUAACAGCUUUCAAUGACUGGAGUAAAGAGAAACAAUUUCGGGGAUUGCAGAGCCGUAUUGAACAAGAACAGAAAUUCACAGUCAUCAGAGGUGGCCAAGUCAUCCAAAUACCAGUAGCUGACAUAAUUGUUGGAGAUAUUGCACAAGUGAAAUAUGGUGACCUUUUACCAGCUGAUGGUGUACUCAUUCAAGGAAACGACCUCAAAAUUGAUGAAAGCUCACUGACUGGAGAAUCUGACCAUGUUAAGAAAUCUCUGGACAGAGAUCCUAUGCUGCUGUCAGGUACACAUGUGAUGGAAGGCUCUGGAAGAAUGGUGGUUACUGCCGUAGGUGUGAACUCCCAGACUGGAAUCAUCUUUACCUUACUUGGGGCUGGAGGAGAUGAUGAGGAGAAGGAGAAGGAGAAAGAGAAGAAGGAAAAGAAAAGUAAAAAGCAAGAUGGAGCUGUUGAAAACCGUAACAAAGCUAAAGCUCAGGAUGGUGCAGCCAUGGAAAUGCAGCCACUGAAGAGUGAGGAUGGUGGUGAUGGAGAUGAGAAAGACAAGAAGAAAGCAAACUUGCCAAAGAAAGAGAAGUCAGUUCUCCAAGGCAAACUCACAAAGCUCGCAGUUCAGAUUGGCAAAGCAGGUUUGUUGAUGUCUGCAAUCACAGUCAUUAUCCUUGUGCUGUAUUUUGUAAUUGAUACCUUCUGGGUUCAGAAGAGACCUUGGCUUGCUGAAUGUACGCCAAUUUAUAUCCAGUAUUUUGUGAAGUUCUUCAUUAUUGGAGUUACAGUCUUGGUGGUGGCAGUACCAGAAGGUCUUCCACUUGCAGUCACUAUAUCUCUGGCUUACUCUGUUAAGAAAAUGAUGAGAGAUAACAACUUGGUGAGACAUCUGGAUGCAUGUGAAACUAUGGGCAAUGCAACAGCCAUUUGCUCAGAUAAAACAGGAACACUGACUAUGAACAGAAUGACCGUGGUCCAAGCCUACAUCAAUGAAAAACAUUACAAAAAAAUUCCAGAACCAGAAGCAAUUCCAGAGAAAACAAUGGCUUAUCUUGUGACAGGAAUUUCUGUUAAUUGUGCUUAUACUUCCAAAAUACUGCCUCCUGAAAAAGAAGGUGGCCUACCACGUCAUGUUGGAAAUAAGACUGAAUGUGCCUUGCUGGGAUUGCUCUUGGACUUAAAACGUGAUUAUCAGGAUGUAAGAAAUGAGAUACCAGAAGAGGAUUUGUACAAAGUCUACACUUUCAACUCUGUUAGAAAAUCGAUGAGUACUGUGUUAAAAAACUCUGAUGGCAGUUUCCGGAUAUUCAGUAAAGGUGCCUCUGAGAUAGUUCUUAAAAAGUGCUUCAAAAUACUGAGUGCUAAUGGAGAACCAAAGGUAUUUAGACCUAGGGACCGUGAUGAUAUUGUGAAAACUGUAAUUGAGCCAAUGGCUUCUGAAGGUCUCAGAACCAUCUGCCUGGCAUUCAGAGACUUCCCAGCAGGGGAGCCUGAGCCAGAGUGGGACAACGAAAAUGAUAUCGUUACUGGUCUGACCUGCAUUGCUGUUGUUGGGAUUGAAGACCCUGUGAGACCUGAGGUACCUGAUGCAAUAAGAAAAUGUCAACGUGCAGGCAUAACUGUACGUAUGGUCACCGGUGAUAACAUUAACACUGCUCGUGCUAUUGCAUUAAAAUGUGGUAUUUUGAAUCCUGGUGAAGACUUCCUGUGUUUAGAGGGCAAGGACUUUAACAGGAGAAUACGCAAUGAAAAAGGAGAGAUAGAGCAAGAGCGAAUAGAUAAAAUUUGGCCAAAGCUCCGUGUUCUUGCAAGAUCUUCUCCCACUGACAAACACACUCUAGUAAAAGGCAUAAUUGACAGCACUGUCUUUGACCAGAGGCAAGUUGUAGCAGUAACUGGUGAUGGUACCAAUGAUGGUCCAGCUUUGAAGAAGGCAGAUGUUGGAUUUGCUAUGGGUAUUGCUGGAACAGAUGUAGCUAAAGAAGCUUCUGACAUUAUCCUUACAGACGACAACUUCACAAGUAUUGUUAAAGCAGUUAUGUGGGGACGAAACGUCUACGACAGUAUCUCCAAGUUUCUUCAGUUUCAGCUUACUGUCAAUGUAGUAGCAGUAAUUGUUGCUUUUACAGGAGCAUGUAUAACACAGGAUUCUCCACUUAAAGCUGUGCAGAUGCUCUGGGUAAAUCUCAUAAUGGACACAUUAGCUUCUCUUGCCCUGGCAACAGAACCACCCACUGAAGCUCUUCUGUUGCGAAAGCCUUAUGGUAGAAACAAACCAUUGAUUUCUCGUACAAUGAUGAAGAAUAUUCUGGGUCAUGCAUUCUACCAGCUGGUAGUUGUCUUCACGCUCCUGUUUGCUGGUGAGAAAAUUUUUGAUAUCGAUAGUGGAAGAAAUGCACCUCUGCAUGCUCCUCCUUCAGAGCAUUAUACUAUAGUAUUUAAUACAUUUGUGAUGAUGCAGCUUUUUAAUGAAAUUAAUGCCCGAAAAAUUCAUGGUGAAAGAAACGUUUUUGAAGGAAUCUUUAACAACGCUAUCUUCUGUUCUAUUGUGCUGGGGACAUUUGUUGUGCAGAUAAUUAUUGUKCAGUUUGGUGGGAAACCUUUCAGUUGCUCAGAACUCUCAAUUGAACAGUGGCUAUGGUCCAUUUUCCUGGGCAUGGGCACACUACUUUGGGGCCAGUUGAUUUCAACAAUUCCAACCAGCCGCCUGAAAUUCCUUAAAGAAGCUGGUCAUGGAACACAAAAGGAAGAGAUUCCUGAAGAAGAACUAGCAGAAGAUGUAGAGGAGAUUGAUCAUGCUGAGAGGGAAUUGCGUCGUGGUCAGAUCUUGUGGUUUAGGGGCCUAAACAGGAUACAAACUCAGAUGGAUGUAGUGAAUGCUUUCCAGAGUGGAAGUACCAUUCAGGGGGCUCUAAGGCGGCAACCCUCCAUCGCCAGCCAGCACCAUGAUGUAACAAAUAUUUCUACCCCUACACAUAUCCGAGUGGUGAAUGCAUUUCGUAGCUCCUUGUACGAGGGGCUAGAGAAACCUGAGACACGAAGUUCAAUUCACAAUUUUAUGACGCAUCCUGAGUUUAGAAUAGAAGACUCCGAGCCUCAUAUUCCCCUUAUUGAUGAUACUGAUGCUGAAGAUGACGCUCCAACAAAACGCAACUCUAGUCCCCCUCCCUCUCCCAAUAGAAAUAACAAUGCGGUUGACAGUGGAAUUCACCUUACAACAGACAAGAACAAGUCUGCUACCUCUUCAUCCCCAGGGAGCCCACUACAUAGUUUGGAAACAUCACUCUGAUUGUAAGCUGAAUGUUAACACACUAGCUGCAUUGUAAAGAAAUUGAAACUGGGUCUCUUCACACAUUAUGAUGGACAAGAUGAUAUUCUUGUCUUGGACUUCAACAGAAGACACACUUGUACGAAUGUAGAUUUAUUUUUUUAAAAAAAAGCUUUCUGCCAGACUGGAGGGUGCUUUUCUGGGGGUGGGAGUAAUAAUGAACUCUGACAGAUAAACAGUAACUCAGCAUAAGUGACCUGUGGAUCAUCUGUUGUAAUAAGAAUGGUCCUGAACAGUGUGUUAGCAGAGCUUUAGUUUAUCAUGAUCCUUUUCUGAGGGGAAAGCUGGGAAGGGCAAGGAGGCCCUGGAUCAGUGAAUUGAUACUUUAAUUUCUGCUGUUGGCUGUUAAUAAUUUGGAUUAUUUAUGUUUAUAAAUGAUACAGAUCUGUUUACAAGGUUUGUAGAUACUUUUUUGUUCCUGUUCAUAGAUGGGAAGCUUCCUUAUAAAUGAUGCAGAGAAGACAAAAAAACAAAACAAAAAAAACCAAAAAAACUAGUCCUUCAAAUACUGCUGUAUUUUCAGGAAAAGGGUGUUUCUAUUGAAACUGUACUAAAUUUUGCCUGCAAUUUACCUUGUUAAAUAUUGUAGAUAAAUUGCUACUACUAAUAGCCAAAUAGAUAACACUAAUGCUUUGUAAAAACAUGAGCAGUGGUGUUCUAAUGAAGUUAUGGCCUCUGUCCUAAUUAGUUUCUUAAAUACAUUUACUACUUAAUGGUUUUGAAACAACUGUUUAAUUUUUAAAAAUUUUGAGAAACUUAAUGAAUAACUUUUGUUCAGAACUUAGUAGGAUUGUUUAAUGCAGGACAUCAAUACGUGAUGGAACUUGCUUGAAAUAUUUCUGUUUUCUCGGGCAAAGUGGAUUAAAUCAAAAUACAUCAGAAUCCUAGUCCUUUGUUUUUGUCAAAUCAUGUUAGUUUAGUGCUGUCUUGGUGAACUGUGAGUGGAACUGUGAUUUUUUUCUAAUCUAUAGAAUCCUUCAUGCAGCAUGAGGGCUGUUGGCAUUUUGAAAGGUUGUUAGUGGGUAGCAUACAUGUUCUCCUUUUUGUUUUUGAAACUUGUUUGUAAACAUGAAUAAAUCUGCCCUUUUGUUAAAAUAAAAUUGCAGCAAUGGUUUCUUACAGAUUUUUUUUCUCAGCUCCUCUACUGGAAAUAUGGAAAAGUACUCUUUUGUUACUGGUUAACUUUAAACUGCAACUUCAAGAUGGUAACAGCCCCACUCCAAAUAGCUCUUUGGGUAAAUGGAAUCAUGGUGGCUGCCUCCGGAAUGAAUGUAAGUUAAGAUACUCAGAAGUCUUCACUGAGCCAAAAGGAGACUCCUGGGCAAUUAAUAGGUCUGCCUGAAAUUCUGAGACUUACUGUGAGUACUGUGUAAUAAAUGUAUCCCUGACAGUUAAGUGAGGGAGACUGAGAACUGGCAUAAAGCACAGGUAAAGACCAGCUAAAGAUUGACUGAAGAAGUUACGGUCUGCCUCAGCUUUAUUGCUCAAACAGCAAAGGAUGAUGGAACAGUACUUGAUCUGGUACUUCCUCAUGUUUUAUACGUCCAAUACUAGUUAGAAGAACAACAGAAGACAUGAGUUGUAAGCUUUUUCUUUUUUCAGCUCUGUAUUCUUUGAAAUAGCAAGUUAAUUCUUUUGUCAAAUGUAGAAUUAUGGACAUUUUUAGAAGUGGUCUCUUCAAAGGACUGCAAGAAUUAAGUUGGUAAUGAGGAAGGAGAUAAUACUGAGCAAACUGCAGAAAUGAGCAGGUUGGAAAGCUCAAGCACAUCUUUCCCUUGUGGUGGGGUACAUGCAUGCUUGGCUUUGUCCUUUAGUGGCCAUUGUUCAACCUGUAGCACUGUAUCCCACUGUCAACUACUCCUGAAUACGAUCUUUUCUAUUGUACUUCAGUAAAUACACUGAUUUCUAGGCAAGGGGUUGAGGGUGGGGGGUUGCACUUGACACUUUGUAUAGUAAUUUCUCCCACAUGUUUCUAGCACUUUUCUUACAUCAUAGUUCUUAUCUAGAGUGCUUGGUAGGGGGAUGAGUUUUUAUGUAAGCUAUUUUCUCUUUACUACAAAGUUCAGAUAAGCUCUGGCUUAAAAUAAGAAGGGUUUUCUUUACCUGUGAAGUACACUGCCAUGUGAAAAAGUAUCUUCAUUUAACUUCAUUAAUGAGUAAUGAUUUGUCUUUGUUUCAAAACAGAAUUUAAUUUUCCCCUCUUCUCUAGAUGUGAUCAUGACUGCAUGUUAUCUUUUUUGGAAUAAAAUCUACACUUAAGCCUUUUGCGGGGGAUGGGAGGGUGAGUGUAGGCUUUGUACAUCGGUGGUCCCUCUUGAUUCUGUUAACAUCAGUGUGCUAUUCUUUCAGGAAACUUCUUUACAGAAAUAAGGAAAAGUUGUUUUAAGAGGGGGUAUGCUUUCUUUGUGAUCUCAAGAAAUCAUAACAUUGCCUAGAUUAUGAAAUGGUUUUCACUAAGCUCAUGAGGCCUUCAUUGCCUUUCUGGUUGUAAGGUUUACUUGUCUUGUAACUGAAAUAAAUAAAAGUGCUGUUCAUCUCAGUCUGUAUGGGGACUGAAAUUUUUGAAUGUCAGUACAGUACUGAUUUAAACCUGAAAUGCAUGCCAAAUCUAUAAAACAGCUCUUGCUACAAUUUUAAGCUCAUUUGGUUUCAAGAGAUGAUAUUGCACAUGGUCAAGCAAUAGUAACUUUGAACAUAAACUCUGCUCUAGAGGGUCUGCUAUUUGGAGUGGCUUAAAGUGUGGUUUUCCGGGUGGGAUGUCUACUAUAGUUGUGUGUAUGACAAAUGUUAGGAGGCAUCAUCUUGUCUCUGAAGGAGGUGUGAAAAUGGUAAUACAAGAGGACUGAUUUUUUCUGUAUUGAUCUUAAAGAGAAAAAUGCUAUAGUCUGGAUAGAAAGAUGGAAAUAAAGGCCUUCAUGUUAAAUGAGUGGGUAAAAGUCGUCU